GUGGACGCGGCCCGUGUGUCAAGAAUCGAAACCAAAUAUGUUUCACAAGCGACAACAAAAGAGAACUCAGCUUUUAUAACGUAGUGGGAAUCAUAAAUCACUGCUCUUUAUAUUCGCACGAGGAAGAGCAGAUUUGUAGUCCUUUUGGUUUCAUAAAUGAAAUGGCGGGAGGUAACGUUAGCGUACAAGGCAGCAGAAGGGAUAGUGUGUGACAGGAGACUCGGGGGCUGACAGCGGGAUGGCCCACUUUGACACAGAGUACCAGCGCCUGGAGGCGUCCUACAGUGACUCUCCUCCCGGUGAAGAGAAUCUGCUGGUGCAUGUUCCAGAGGGAUCCAAAUCUCCAUGGCACCACAUUGAAAAUCUGGACCUUUUCUUCCAGAGAGUCUAUAAUCUACACCAGAAGAAUGGAUUUACUUGUAUGCUGCUGGGAGAAAUAUUUGAGCUUGUGCAACUGGUGUUUGUGGUGGCAUUCACGGUGUUCCUGGCUAACUGUGUGGACUAUGACAUCCUCUUUGCCAACAAGUUUGUUAAUCACACUGAUUCCUCAAAGGUUACGCUUCCUGAUGCAUUUCUUCCAGUGGAUGUGUGCAGUGCUCGGAUCCGUGACAAUGUUUUUGCCAUCUUCAUCCUUAUCAUAUCAGGGGUCUUUUGGCUCCACCGUCUCAUCAAGUUUAUUUACAACAUCUGUUGUUACUGGGAGAUCAGAUCAUUUUACAACAAUGCCCUAAAAAUGUCCAUGACAGACCUUUCUUAUUUCACCUGGCAGGAGGUUCAGGGAAGGAUUAUUGAGAUCCAGAAGGAGCACCAGAUUUGCAUCCACAAAAAAGAACUGUCAGAGCUUGACAUCUACCACCGCAUCCUGCGUUUUAAAAACUACAUGGUCGCGAUGGUCAAUAAGUCACUCCUACCGGUGCGUUUUCGUUUGCCUCUGCUGGGCGACUCUGUUUUUUACACUCGGGGUCUCAAGUAUAACUUUGAGUUGAUUUUCUUCUGGGGCCCUGGAUCCCUUUUUGAAAACGAGUGGAGUCUGAAGCCGGAGUACAAACGUGGAGGGAACCGUUUGGAGCUAGCGGAUCGUCUGAGCUCAAGGAUCUUGUGGAUUGGAAUUGCCAACCUUCUCUUGUGUCCAGUUAUCCUGAUUUGGCAGAUUCUUUAUGCGUUCUUCAGCUACACUGAGGUGAUCAAGCGGGAGCCGGGAAGUCUGGGUGCUCGAUGUUGGUCCCUGUAUGGCCGUUUUUACCUCCGACAUUUUAAUGAACUAGACCAUGAGCUGAUGUCACGCCUCAGCAAGGGCUACAAGGCCUCCUCGAAGUACAUGAACUGCUUCAUGUCACCAUUACUGACGGUGGUGGCUAAGAACGUGGCGUUCUUUGCUGGCUCCAUACUAGCCGUUUUGAUUGCUUUGACCAUUUAUGAUGAAGAUGUAUUGGCUGUCGAACACGUGCUCAGCAGUAUUACAUUACUUGGGAUCUGCAUCACAGUCUGCAGGUCUUUUAUCCCAGACAAGCAUAUGGUGUUCUGCCCAGAACAGCUGCUUAAAGUGAUCUUGGCACACAUCCAUUACAUGCCUGAUCAUUGGCAGGGUAAUGCCCACCGUUAUGAGACCAGAGACGAGUUCUCACAGCUCUUUCAGUACAAGGCUGUAUUUAUUCUUGAGGAGCUGUUGAGUCCUGUCGUCACUCCCUUCAUUCUAAUUUUUUGCUUGCGGCGUAAAUCUCUAGAGAUCAUCGAUUUUUUCCGAAACUUUACAGUGGACGUGGUCGGCGUGGGCGAUACUUGCUCUUUUGCACAGAUGGAUGUCCGUCAACAUGGUCAUCCUGCGUGGAUGUCUGCUGGGAAAACAGAGGCCUCCAUCUAUCAGCAAGCAGAAGACGGGAAGACUGAACUGUCACUCAUGCACUUCGCUAUCACAAAUCCACACUGGCAGCCCCCUCGGGAGAGCACGCAUUUCAUCAGCCUUCUGAAAGAGAAGGUGCACCGCGAGGCCGCCGCAGGACAGCAGGGAAUCAUAGCAGAGAAUCCUGCAUUUACCUCAACCCAUUCACUACAGUCUGAUUCAGAGCCUCGCAGUCUUAUUGCAAAUCUCCUGAUGGGACCCCCUUCCCUGGCCUCGCUACAUAUGGGUCGAGAGGGCACUAUCAAUCCUGUGUCCAUUGGAGUGAGUGAGGGGGCAUCCGCUCUCCGAUCGCUCUCUCCUGUGAGCACGAGUCUACACCUGCGGGGCAGCUACCCAUCUGCCAGACUGCCACGACCUGACCAUCCAGCUGUGGUGGCUGGCAGACCAAUGACAGGCUCAAGCACUGAUGCCCGUACCAUCAGCUCUGGCAGUAGUGCCUGGGAAGGUCAGCUGACCAGUAUGGUCCUAUCAGAAUACGCCUCCACAGAGAUGAGCAUUCAUGCCCUCUACAUGCAUGAGAUGCACAAGCAGCAGUCGCGAGGUGAGGUGUCUCGACACACCUGGCACAGACAGGAGAGUGACGAGAGCAGUGAGAGUGUCAAUGAGGACAUAGAAGCCGCCCGCACCUUCCCCCGUUCCAGCACUUUCCCAACCACCUCACACCAGGCGGGGGCAGCACAGCAGAGCGGCAGCCAGCGGCGCUGGGGCGGAACCUCAGAUCCUGUUUCUGGAAGCUUUCGAGCUCAGAGAACGCCUCGUAUGCCUAUGGGUGGCUGGUCUGAGGAGAACCAAAUGAGCAGACAUCACGACCCAGUGCCCGAGGAGGGGUCUGAGGACGAGCUACCACCACACAUCCAUAAGGUGACUUAACAGGUGUAUCGUAGAUGAAGGACUCGAGAGACUUACAGCAUCCAUUUAACUCUGGACACUGAU